AUGCAGGCAACAAUCAAGUACAAUGAGUGCAUGCGGAACCAUGCAGCAUCAAUCAGUGGCCAUGUCUAUGAUGGUUGUGUUGAGUUCAUGCCGGCAGGAGAAGAAGGUAGCCAAGAAACACUACGAUGUGCAGCAUGUGGUUGUCACCGCAAUUUCCAUCGUAAGGAUCCACCUAUCCCUUCCUUCUUACAAUCUCUUCCUACUACACCUAUGUUUCUGAUCUACAACAACAACACACACCAUUUGGAGAAGAAGAAGGAGCAGAUCACAAGGUCUAGCUUUCUCGAAAUCCCUGAGUCCAUGCAUCAUCAUUGUCUACCAACACCAUUAAUGGUUAAAUUCCAUCAACGAUAUAUCCAGAGACAAUUAGAGGCACAAAAGAAAGGUAAGGUGAUAAUGGAUGAUGGUGCAGUACUUAAGAGGCAAAAGGUUCAAGGACAGUUCUAG